AGUCAGGGAGGGAAGGAAGGAGGGCGGGGGGGGCUCUGUCAUCACUUUUUCCUCCUCAAACUUUCCACCAACUCCGGGCCGUCCUCACUGAGCUCUCCCAAAGCCUCACAGGGGCUCCCCCCGUGUGUAUAGGUUGUUGGUGGUGGGGGGGAUCGCAAAACCCCCUCCGCCCAGCCCGGCUCCCCCUCGGGGCUGCCCGGCAGCCCCCUGCCGUGGGCGGGCGGCCCCUCUCCCUUCUCUCCUCUCCUCCUCUCCCCGGCCCGGCCUCCUCAUGAGCCGCUGGCCCUUAGCAAGCGCCUCCCGCCUUCGGCUCCGCGCCUGCCCCUUUAAAUGGCGGCCGCGGCCCCGCUGAGGCGCUUGGCGGGCGCCGCGCCGCCCUCGCCCCCCUCUAUGGAAGUUCAUGAAGUGGAUCAUGGUCUUAUCAGCCAGCUGCUUGCGGACUCAGAGGAGACUCUUGGUUCGUGCACAGAAAAGAUGCAGGUUCCUGCCCAAUACAGUUGGAGUGCUGACUGGAGCUUUUGGCUCUCAAGUUCCACUUACAAAUAUAGGAGCGAGGAAUUCAAGAGGCAGUUUUCUCAUCUGCCAGAUUCAGAGAGACUCAUAGUAGAUUACGCCUGUGCACUCCAGAAGGAUAUCCUGCUGCAAGGACGUUUGUACCUCUCUGAAAACUGGCUCUGUUUCCACAGCAACAUUUUCCGAUGGGAGACCACAAUUUCUAUUGCCUUGAAGGAUAUCACUUUCAUGACAAAGGAGAAGACUGCUCGACUCAUUCCAAAUGCUAUACAGAUAGCAACAAAGGGAGAGAAGUUUUUCUUCACAUCAUUCAGUGCAAGAGACAGAAGCUACCUCAGUAUCUUCCGCUUAUGGCAGAAUGUGUUGUUGGAUAAGAGGCUGACCAAGCAGGAAUUCUGGCAGCUGGUGCACCAGAGCUAUGGCUCUGAGCUGGGCCUGAACACUGAGGAGAUGGAGAGCUUCCACUCAUCGUCUGAGGACAAUGGGCAGUCUCGAUCCAGCGUUUAUGAUGAACCUGGAGAAAGGGAUGACAAACUACCUAAAACAAUUGGUUUAGUUCGGGAACCCACACUUCAGACAGAAGGAGAGUCACUCAGCAGACAUGCACUGUCAGGAGUAGAAGAGUCCCCGACUGAGACGCAAAUAAAGAAGAGCCCCCUUCCAUCUUCAGAAAGAAAAUCUGUUAAGCUAGUCAGGAGCAGAUCUUUAGAAAAGUCUUUGGAUCUGAAUGAGAAUGAAAAUCUUCCAGAGAAGAGCAGUGCCUCAGACAGUGAAGAAGCAGUGAAGGAGACUGUCUCUGAGAAUGAUCUCUAUGGGAGACUUUUUAUAAACAGAGUUUUCCACAUCACUGCAGACAAGAUGUUUGAAAUCCUCUUCACCAAUUCUCACUUCAUGCAGAGGUUUCUCAAUUCCAGGAGUAUAGUAGAUGCUGUAUCGACCCCUUGGAAUAGAGAUUCCAAUGGCAAUCAGCUGAGGACUUUGACGUACACUGUAACAAUUAACAAUCCUCUCUGUGGGAAGUUCACAACUGCAACUGAAAAGCAGAUCCUGCAUAAGCAGAGCCAGAAAGGUCAGUCUUAUCAGGUGGAUGCUGAAGUACUGACCCAUGAUGUCCCCUACCACGAUUACUUCUACACUGUGAACCGAUACUGCAUCAGCCGCACGUCCAGUCACAAAUGUCGAUUACGGGUUUCUGCAGAAGUAAAGUACAAAAAGCAGCCUUGGGGCCUGGUGAAGUCUGUAAUCGAGAAGAACACCUGGGGAGGAAUACAGGAGAACUUCAAACAACUUGAAUCAGAUCUGCUAAUGGAGGAAUAUGCAAUUAACCAAUCCAUAGAAGAUACUGGAAAAUUAGUUGCCUUGAGACGAAGACGACGCACUUUACACCGGAGUCUGGCAGAAUCGCUUCCCAAACGCUCCUCCCAGCACUCCUCUGGUGACAUGGGGCUGGAGUCCCAGGGUGGCAUAAUAGGAAGGAAAAGAGAUCCUGUAAAUAGGACCACCACCAUCAUUGUAGUAAUGAGUGUCUUUUUGCUGCUGUUGGUUUUGUUGAACAUAACGCUGUUUCUCAAACUGUCAAAGAUAGAGCACGCAGCGCAGUCUCUCUAUCAUGUCCAGCUUCAGGAAGAAAACUCUUUGAACAUAUCCCCAGAAAUGGUAUCAAAAGAGGAGAUCCCUCAAUAUGAUAAGGAACAGGUUAAACAUGUGAAGGGAGUACUAAGAGAUUCAAUUGAAAUGCUUGAGCAGCUGAAGCUCUCCCUCUCCAUGCUCCAGAGAAGCUUUGAUCACCUGAACAAGACCCAGAGCAGCAAGCCUGACAGCUAAUGCCUGCCCCAGCCGUCAACCCCAAGGAGACACGUGCUCAAGGACUCGUGGGGCAGGGACUGCACCCGUCCCCUCCGGACUCUUUUCUAUGGCGGCUCUGCAGCCGCACGGAAUAAAGCUUUCUAGAAGCAGCA